UGGCGAAAUAUGUUUGAAUCGAUUUAACGGUUAGAAUUCCCUUUGGUUCGUUCAUUAUGCGAUAAGUAAAUGAACUAGUGGAAUCAAAAUCUCUAUAAUUCUAUCCCGAAAUUAGCCAAAAGUACAUUGCUCGGUUUGCAGUGCAUGCAGUUGAGCAUACAAUCCAACGUUUCUGCCCUUUCUCAACAGCGUAGAACUAGUUACCUAAGUAGCUGUUGCCAUAUGUUUCACGAACCCCCCCUAGCAACGCCUACUGUUGCUACCAAACGAAUGCUAGCUGUUAUUACGUUGCCAACAAACGGCGCCACAGCUCACACGCUUCCCUCGCGGCGCACCGACACAAACCAUUUAGGCCCUUUCGCGUCUAAAUUACCCGGCAGUAACGAAAUUCCGAUGGCCAGCAAUCCACCGACCACCGCCAGCAAGGUGAAACCUCCAACGCUGCCCUCAAUGUUUACGCUGUUCGCCAAGUACCGUCCGACGCUAAACUCCUUCCAAGGCGAUGGAAAACGCAUCCUGCUAUCGCAAAGUGACUGCUGGAUGCAACAGGCCAACCUGAUCGGGCCCAAACAUUUCACCCUCACCCAGACGGGGUUAAUAUUUUUCGAGUUUAGAAAGUCUACCCUGGAUUACGACGAGUACCUGCAGUUCCUAGCGCUGCUUUGCAACGAAAAGCAGGUCAGUGUGGAGGAGGUGAAGGAAAAGUUAACAAACUGUGGGCCGCCCGGCAUCACUUCCUGACAGUUUGGAACGCACACGCUAAUGUCGUACCUGAGCAGCAUCCUGGACGAUCGUGGAAGUACGCAGGAGUGUGGUCUGCCUAUAGUAGGCUAGCGGAUUACCAGUUUGCACUACAAGUUACCAGAAUGUGUAAGCAUUCCUCCUUUCGUUCUUAAGUGGAGUGGAGUUCACGGGCCAAGAUAAGCCAUCCGAUCGGUUAUUGUAUCUAAAUUGCUUUUAUUACUGCUUCAUGCAUUAUACAGCUCUCGACCAGAGCUCGUCACCUACUAGUGAGAAAUUGUGGAAAGCGUAUUUUAUAUUACUUUAUUAUCGGUUCGAGUGUCUUGCCCUCCUCCCUGUCAGUCCCAAGUCUCGCCAUCAUUUGCUCGAUCGUGUUCGUUCGCUCGUUCCUACGGUCAAGGAUCGCUAAGGAUCGCAUCUACUACCCCGUCUGGGAGAGGGGGGACAGAGCAUUCUGCAUCCGCAAUACAUCAUUGACACCGUUACCGGCGUUCGUUUGGUACCAUUUAAUAUCGCACACAAGCUCACACAACAACACCAACCCUGAUCCUGAUCCUGCUGCUACCGCUGCUACUUCCUGAAUUGUUUGCAUCGGAUUCUGUUACAUUAGCGCCAGGGGUUUUUGCAAAGUUGCACAACAAAUAUUGCAAUUAUUAGAACGAGGGCGGUACUCCGCUGACUUUAGCUUACAUUUCUCAAGUAGAUUAACAUUGGUUUAGAGGGAGGGAAAGGGGAGCAACGUUGCCGAAGAUAGGAGAAGGGCACACGACAAUUUACAGCAUUCUCGUUCGAUACGUAACUUAAUUAUGUUCAAUAUUUAGUAAAACAUUUGCUAAUAACCACGGUGUGUGUUUAUGUGUGUGUAUGUGUAUAUCUAGGCGGCUCUCGAAAACCCGAAACAAUUCGUAUUCAAUGCAGAUUGCAGCAUCAGUUCCUUAUCGUCAGCCAGAGCUCGUUUCCCCGCUCCCAAACCGGUACACGCUUAUGACACUGGCACUAGCAGUUAGAGCAUCCUCUCCGGCCCCUAGCACGUGAAUGCACGUGUAUGAAAUGUGAAGGGUAUGAAUUUAUGUUUCAUAUGUAUAAUAUGCAUGAAUAAAUGUGUUCCUUUCUCUCUCUCUCGUGCCGACUACCCCUGUUGUUGUAACUGAAAACAGGCUAACUUUUGUUUCUUUUGAUACGCUUUUUACCUAAAACAUUUAAAUACCCUUCCCCCCCAUACAUGACGGGGAUUGCCCAAUCCGGCAUCAUUUCUGCCUUCCUGAGCACAUCAAACAAGCCUCAUCACAUCUCAUGGCCACAUCUAAUGUUUCACAAUUAUCGUGUGGUUUUGUUAGUUCUGCUUAAACCUGCCCCACCUCCGCUCGAAUAUCAGUUAUGUUGUGUAAUGUUAAUGUGUGUGUUUUUUUAGCUUACUUUUCUCACAUUCACAUGCCUCCUUCCAAUGCUUCUGUUUCUUUUUUUGCUUGUUUUUUUUU